AUAUAUAUGUACACACACGCCAUGUCCAUACACACGACUCGCAUAUGAUUCUCCUUCGGAUCUUCAAACGAAUCCGAAUUAAACCUCAUUGAUUUCUCAUACAAAUACAGAGACAAAACAGAAACAAAUCGAUUCAUACCCGUACCCACUCCAACCCAAACCCGAGAACCCGACUCAAGCCGAGCCACCGCGACUAUGGGGCUGGAGAUGGGAGCCAUGGCGUCGGCGAUCGGCGUCUCGGUGCCGGUGCUCCGGUUCCUGAUGUGCUUCUUGGCAACCCUACCGGUCAGCUUCGUCUGGCGCAACAUCCCCGGCCCCGCCGCCGUCAAACACCUCUUCGCUGCCGUGUCCGGCAUCGUUCUCUCUUACCUCUCCUUCGGUUUCUCCUCCAACCUCCACUUCAUCGUCCCCAUGCUCCUCGGCUACGCUGCCAUGGUCCUCUAUCGUCCUCGAUGUGGCAUCAUCACUUUCUUCUUGGGAUUCGCCUACCUCAUUGGCUGCCAUGUAUACUACAUGAGUGGGGAUGCUUGGAAGGAAGGAGGUAUUGAUGCUACUGGUGCCUUAAUGGUGUUGGUACUGAAAGUCAUUUCAUGUGCUAUGAAUUACAAUGAUGGGUUACUGAAAGAGGAAGACUUGCGUGAGCCACAAAAGAAAAAUCGGUUGCUUAAGUUGCCCUCGUUAAUUGAAUACAUCGGUUAUUGCCUCUUCUGUGGAAGUCACUUUGCUGGACCUGUUUAUGAAAUGAAGGAUUAUCUUGAGUGUACAGAAAGGAAGGGGAUUUGGGCACCUUCUGAGAAGGGAUGGUCACCAUCACCUUUUGGGGCUACUGUCAGAGCUAUUCUCCAAGCUGCUACUUGUUUGGGGUUGUACUUGUACUUGUCACCACAAUUUCCAUUGUCCCGGUUUACAGAACCUGUAUACCAUGAAUGGGGUUUCUGGAAACGGUUGGGUUACCAGUACAUGUCUGGCUUUACAGCACGUUGGAAGUACUAUUUCAUCUGGUCAAUUUCAGAAGCUGCUAUCAUUAUUUCUGGCCUGGGUUUCAGUGGUUGGACUGAUUCUUCUCCACCAAAACCACGAUGGGACCGUGCAAAGAAUGUUGAUAUUUUGCGUGUUGAGUUGGCAGAAACUGCAGCUCAGUUACCACUUGCGUGGAACAUACAAGUCAGCACCUGGCUACGUCAUUAUGUUUAUGAUAGGCUCAUUCAGAAGGGAAAGAAACCUGGUUUCUUUCAGUUGCUGGCUACCCAGACCGUCAGCGCUGUUUGGCAUGGUUUAUAUCCCGGAUACAUCAUAUUCUUUGUGCAGUCGGCAUUGAUGAUUGCUGGUUCAAGAGCUAUUUAUAGGUGGCAACAAGCUAUUCCUCCCAAUAUGGCUCCACUGAAGCAACUAUUAGUACUUUUGAACCUUGCAUACACGGUUCUGGUGUUGAACUACUCAUGCGUUGGUUUCAUGGUAUUAAGCCUGCGCGAAACAGUUGUUGCCUACGGGAGCGUGUAUUACAUUGGAACCAUUGUUCCUAUAGUCUUUAUCCUCCUUGGUUAUAUCAUUAAACCGGCACGACCUUCAAGAUCUAGAGCUCGGAAAGAUCAGUGAGAGGAAGAAACUGCAUUUUCAGAAAUUUAUGGAGGGCUCUGCUAUGUAUCAACCUUGUGUUCUUGAUAAAUUGCAUCUCCAGAAGUUGUUGAGUUGAGCCUUAAACACAUUUAAACUUUGCUUCAAAGCAUUGGCAUAACUUAAUUUCAAUCAGCAUGAUGAACUCAGCUAAUCUUUCAGAAACUACACAGUUAUAUUGAAUCAUUUUCAUUUUGUUUUUGUUUGUCAUUGGCCCCUCUUUUGUUUUGUUUGUUUUUCACUGUUUUAGAUAGACAUCAGUGCUGACCAUCACUCUGUGUCUUGCUCAUGUUGAGUGACAACUUCUUUUAGUUUCAGCUUAUAAAUUGUGUUGUUUUUAGAUUUA